CAAGACAGAUUUCAUUUUAAAAUCCUACCCAAAAGUAUAUGCUUUUUCUUCCAUGCAAACAAUCUUUAAUAGUAAAAUAGCCGCUGUAAUUGCUUGUAUGAAUUCACCUCAACAAAAGAGCCUCCAAUUAGAAGGACCAUCAUAACAACCUUAUAUACGGAUGGAAGCUGGGCAACUAUGAUUUUAAUUUUCAAUGAAAAAAACCUACAAAAGUCGCAAUAAAUUCUGUUCAUUCAACGAAUUUACUGGAGUAAUCCUGUCCCAGCGAUGUGCAUUUCGGGAGCGAAAUUUCCUUAAAAUUUACCAACACCACAAAAAUGGCAAAAGCAGGCAAAAAGGAAAAUAAAAAUACAGAGAUUGAGUUUGUGCCAGAGACAGAGCAAGAAGAAAAGCAAUUUGUCAAAGAGUCUGCCAAUAACUCUGACUCUGAAGAAGAAUUAGAAGAUUUGGAAAGCGAGGAUGAAUUUGAUCAAUUAGACGAUUCUGAUGCUGAAAAUGCGGGAAAUGGGAAGGCAUUAGACCGUGGAGAAGAAAAAGAUAAAACUAGUUCUAUGGCUGAUGAUAUUGCUAAUAUUUUGAAUGAAGAACCUGCUGCUCCUGAGACGACUGAGACUCCCGUGUUGAGUUUGUCAAGAAAGUCAAAGAAGGCUAUUCGCAAGAGCAGUGCAGAGAAGAAGUCUUCGAAGUUACGUACUUCUCAUCGUCGUGAACGUUUACAAAAGGAAAACGUUGGCCGUAUUACCAAUAUUGUUGCUACGGACGGCGAGACGGUCAAAACGUACUUUACGCAUGAACGAGAGCUUCGUCGUAUUGCUCGAAGAGGCGUUGUUCAAUUGUUUAAUGCCAUUCGUACCUCCCAAAUGAAAGGAGCUAUGAUGGGUUCUUCUGUUUCUGGUGGCCGAACGACUCGUGAGCAAAAGGUACAAGAGCUUUCCAAGUCGAGCUUCCUUGACCUCAUUAAAUCCCAAUAGACUCAGAUUUUCUUGAAAUUCGGAAUUGAAGGGUUUUUCUUCAUUUUAUAAAAUUAUUGAAUGCUUUAAAGACUAAAAAGUAUAUUGCUACUUGUUUUUCGACGUUGUUUUGCUUUGGUUUAUGGGAUAUCUGGUGAUUCAUUAUUUCUAUUGACAGAAGAGACGGAUUUAUAACUUCUUUUUGUUAGCUCUUUUUAUUCUAUUCGUUGUAAAAAAAACUUGCAUAAUUCAUUGUUGCUUUGAUUUGGUUAAAAGCAUUGUAGUUAAAAAAACUCUACUAUGGCGGGCCUGAAAUUUUGUUCCAUGGACUCGACUGUGUUUAAUGGAUACUUAUUAUUAUUUUGCUCUUGGGGCCUAUUUGUCUUUGGUCUAAUGAGUGUAUUUGGGUUCAUUGAUAUUCCUAUACUGGUGGACGGCGAUAGCUCUCCAAUUCACGCAUAUUAUCCUUGCUUAAUAAUAUUAACGGUAACAGUAGUCUUUUUUAUAUGGCUUUUCUUCAACUGGCUUGGACUGAAAUAUUUUCGGCAUUCACCCAGCGCCAUGCGCAGGUAAACAAGAAAAUAAACAGAGACGUAUUCCUUCAUAUGGGCUACUUGUUAUGACCUUUCCUUAUGGCUCUUUUACAUGAAUUUGAGGCUUCGGAAGGGAUUGUUUUGCAGCUUUCUUACGCAUAGCUAGAACAGUCUCUCGUACAUUGGGCUGUAGCUGAACCAUUUUCACUUAUACUACUAGAAUAGCAUUGAUUUUAUUUUAUUUCAUAUCUUUUCCUUUAUCUUUCCUUUUCAUCAUUUUCCAAUCCAUUGU